AUUUGAUUGGGAUCUUGUUUCCUGUCAUUCUGAUUUCCUCAACAAAAAAAAAAGAAUAGUAAACGUUACAAGUUACAACAAUGGUAGCAACAGGGGAGCACUUAUAUGAUCUGCCAGAAGAUUGUAUUAGUAGCAUAAUAUGUCUCACUUCUCCUCGUGAUGCAAUAAAAUUGUCACUGGUUUCUUCAAUUUUCCGGUCAGUGGCAGAGUUGGAUUGUGUUUGGGAUGCUUUCUUGCCUUCUGAUUGGCAACAUAUUGCUACAAAAUCAGUCACACCUUUGAAGUUUUCUUCAAAAAGAGACCUUUUUUUCUGCUUAUGCAAUUCCAUUCUAAUAGACGAUGGCAACAAGAGCUUUGCUUUGGAUAAACUAACCGGGAAAAAGUCAUAUGUCAUGUCUGCAAAAGAGCUCUCUAUUUUAUAUGGAGAUGAACCAACUCAUUGGAACUGGAAAGCUAUUCCAGAAUCAAGGUUUGCAGAGGUAGCUGAACUGAAAACAAUAUGCAGACUAGAAAUACAGGGGAAGAUGAAAACAGGGGAUCUAUCUCCAAACACAACAUACGGAGCUUAUCUACUCAUGAAGAUUUCGGAUCGAUCAUUCGGGUUGGAUUCUAUUCCGUCGGAGAUCAGUAUUUCAGUGGGAGAUCAAGAAUCCGUCAGCAGUACUGCUUAUCUACGGCACCCAAAGAGCAAGAAGCUGGAGUCUCUGUUUUACAGGAACAGAGUGGAAGCGUUAAAAGCAAGAGUGAAAAAAGGGGAGGAAAAAAUGGUUCGUGAAAGAGAAGAUGGAUGGUUGGAAAUAGAGAUUGGAGAGUUUUUCAAUGGAGGAAAUGGUGAUGAAGAGAUCAUAAUGAAGUUAAUGGAGGUGAAGGGCUAUCAUAUUAAGGGUGGCCUUAUCAUUGAAGGCAUUGAGUUAAGGCCUAAACACUAGCCAAACAUGAGACUUUUUUUUCUUUUUUGAAAAAAAA